GCAAGAGAGUUUGAGUGCAGAGAAGAGAGAGAGAUGGCGGAGAACCAGAGCAACGCGAACGGGAGCCUGAAGAAGUAUGAUGAACAUGUUCCGGAGAUUAAGUUCACCAAGCUCUUCAUCAAUGGCGAGUUCGUCGAUUCCGUCAAAGGGAGGACAUUCGAGACCAUAGAUCCGAGAAACGGACAGGUGACGGCGCGAGUUGCAGAGGGAGACAAAGAGGACGUUGAUUUGGCUGUGGAAGCCGCUCGCCAUGCCUUUGACGAUGGUCCUUGGCCACGGAUGCCCGGCUACCAAAGGGGAAGGAUCAUGUCAAAAUUCGCGGACUUGAUCGAAGAGAAUAUAGAUGAACUUGCCGCUUUGGACACUAUCGACGCCGGGAAGCUAUUCAGCAUCUGCAAGGUCCUGGACAUCCCUCAAGCUGCCACGCUGCUUAGGUACUAUGCCGGCGCAGCGGACAAGAUCCACGGCGAGGUACUGAAGAUGUCGCGCGAGCUUCACGGGUACACGUUGCAGGAGCCGGUCGGUGUGGUCGGGCACAUCAUCCCUUGGAACUUCCCGACCACCAUGUUCUUUAUGAAGGUCGCCCCGGCACUUGCGGCUGGUUGCACCAUGGUCGUGAAGCCUGCCGAGCAAACCCCUCUAUCGGCUCUCUUUUAUGCUCAUUUGGCUAAGAAGGCCGGUGUUCCUGAUGGAGUGAUCAAUGUCGUAACCGGUUUUGGAUCGACGGCUGGUGCAGCGAUAAGUAGUCAUAUGGACAUUGAUAUGGUCAGUUUUACGGGGUCUACAGAAGUAGGACGCGUUGUGAUGCAAGCCGCGGCGACGAGCAAUUUGAAACAUGUGUCGCUUGAAUUGGGCGGUAAAUCGCCUCUUAUAGUCUUUGAUGAUGCUGAUUUAGAGGCUGCUACUGAUCUAGCUCUGACCGGUAUCCUCUUCAACAAGGGAGAAAUAUGCGUUGCCGGCUCUCGUGUGUAUGUUCAAGAAGGGAUCUAUGAAGAGUUCGAGAAGAAGCUAGUGGCGAAGGCGACGGAUUGGUCGGUCGGUGACCCGUUUGAUCCGAAUGUCCAUCAAGGACCGCAGGCCGAUAAGAAACAGUUCGAGAAGAUACUUUCUUACAUCGAGCAUGGAAAGAGAGAAGGAGCCACGCUUCUGACCGGGGGUGAGCGCGUGGGCACCGAAGGGUACUACAUUCAGCCAACAAUCUUCACAGAUGUUAAGGAGGACAACAUGAUUGUGAAGGACGAGAUUUUUGGCCCCGUCAUGUCGCUCAUGAAAUUCAAGACUGUGGAAGAGGCAAUCAAGAGGGCUAACGACACGAGGUAUGGUCUAGCGACGGGGAUUCUGACGAAGAACAUAGAUCUAGCGAACACGGUCUCGAGGUCAAUCCGAGCGGGCGUCAUCUGGAUAAACUGCUACUUUGCAUUCGACAACGACUGUCCUUAUGGCGGCUACAAAAUGAGUGGCUUCGGGAGAGAUCUCGGUCUGGACGGCCUCCACAAAUACCUACAUGUCAAAUCUGUUGUGACCCCCAUUUAUAAUUCUCCCUGGCUUUGAGAGAAUUUUACGGGGAAAAGCUUUGCAUCUUAUGGUGGCUUGAAUGAUGUAUAAUUCUGAAUAACAAAGCAUAAUUUGCAAGAUAUAGAAUUCAAAUUGUUUUGGCACUCACAGGAUGUUAACGGUUUCAUGCUACAAAACCGGCAGCUUUUGUGCGCAAUUUCUUUGUUGUCUAUCCCCAAGAGUUUUCGUUA